UUUGUCCACAAUCACGGAUCACUGUGAAAUAGAUAAGAAUGGGAAUAAAAAUGCAUGAUUAUAUUUUUGUUUUUCUACUUAUCUGGAGUGGGGUCUGCUACGGCGGCGAGACAAACAGAAUAAUAGGAGGAGCACAAGAGCAAGAUGCAAAUGACCCUAAAUAUCAAGAAAUGGCUAAUGAACUAGUACAUUCCUAUCUCAAUGUCAGAGACCAAGACAAAAGAAAUGUGACAGUCAUUAAAGUUACGACACAGGUGGUUUCAGGAAUCAUCACUAAAAUAAAACUCCGAUUAUUCCUGGUUAGUGGCCAAUCGACAACAUGUGACUUCAGUGUACGGGAACAACAAUGGAAGGAUGUAAAACAUGUAACUCAUAAAUGUGAUUCGCUGUUUAUUGAAAAGUUAAGUUCCAGAAGGUUUCGUCCACCUAAGAAAUAUCGAGAGACAAAAAAUUUUAAUUAUCUAGACUUAGCACGACUAUGUCUUGAUUCCUUAUUUGAAAGCCGUGGCCGUAAGCCUUUUAAAAAAACAGAUGUAAAGGAAAUAUCUGUGGGCAAAGCAAAAAUAUCAAUACAUGCUAAAAUAAACAUUAUCCUUGAAAUCAAUGUGAUUACAGUCAAGAAUGAGUAUAAAUGUACUAGUUUGAUUACGGAAGCAUCACGGUCACUCAAAAAUCCAGCAAUGAUCGCUAAAUUAACCUGCAAGAUAGCGAAUGGUGAACCAGAAAAUGAACCAGGUGGCUUAGAAACCCGAAAUCCUAAGGAUCCUAAGUAUAAGGAAUUAGCAAUAGAAUCUUUCAAAAAAUAUCAACAAACUAAUAAAAAAAAAUUAAAAAUUAUAGCGCUCGUGGUGAAAAAAGUAACCGUACAAGUAGUUUCUGGAGUGAUCACUCGAAUAGAGUUCAUUGUGGUUUCAACUAAAGGGAAUAAAUAUGCAUGCCAUUCACGAAUCACACAGCAAAAGUGGGUUAAUAAUAAGGAUAUCAGGGUCACUUGCGACAGGAAAAAGAACCCAGAAAGUACACAGAAAUCUUAA